AUGGCUCCAACUACUCCUGCUCCUUUCUCUGAACCACUUCUCCCUCAGCUCGACCUGCCUUCGAAUCCUUACUGGACCGAAAAGCAUCAUCGCUUGAGAGCCUUCGUGCGCAACUAUGUCGAGACAGAGCUUGCACCGUACGCGCAAGAGUGGGAAGUUGCAGGCCAGGUACCCGAAAGUGUGCGCCUGCGGCAUUGCCAAUUGGGGUUCUCCAUCGUGAAUCCAGUUGUAGACCCGGCUGAUGCAGGCGGUCUACAACACCCUGCCGGCAUACCUUUUGGUGAAUGGGACACGUGGUGCAGCGUCAUAGUGGGCGACGAAUUCACGCGUCUCGGUUGGUGUGGUCCAAUAUGGGGCUUGGGAGGUGGGAAUGGCAUUGGAUGCCCCCCUAUCAGCAGAUUUGGAACAAAAGAACAGAGACAAAAGUGGUUGCCAAAGGUGGCGCGAGGGGACAUUCGAUUUUGUCUAGGCAUUACUGAGCCCGAUGGCGGAAGCGACGUUGCUAACAUCAAGACAACGGCGCAAAAGGAGGGUUCGAUCUACAAGGUGUCGGGGCAAAAGAAAUGGAUCACGAAUGGGAUAUGGUGUGACUACUGCACUGCGGCUGUACGCACCGGCGGGCCAGGACAUGGCGGUAUUAGCUUGCUGGUUGUCCCGCUGAAGGCAAAAGGUGUCACCCUGAGAAGAAUGGAGAACCAAGGUGUCCAUGCCAGCGGCUCUACAUUCAUCGACUUUGACGAUGUCGAGGUCCCCGUUGAGAACCUCAUCGGACGAGAAAACCAUGGGUUCCAACUCAUAAUGUCAAACUUCAAUCCAGAACGCUUGAGUUUAGCCACUGCUGCAGUCCGGCUCGCUCGAGUCUGUGCUUCAGAUGCAUACAAUUAUGCUUGUGAGCGCGAGACAUUUGGAAAGCCGUUGAUUGAACAUUCCGCAAUCAAGUCCAAGAUCGCCACGUUUGGCCUGCUCAUCGAACCUGUCCAGGCGUUCCUGGACCAACUUUGCUAUGUCAUUGAGACUUCUCGAGUGACUGGUAAAGCAGUCAACGUUGGAGGAAUGACAGCGUUGCUCAAGGUCAUGAGCACGAGGUGUCUCGAGAAGGUCUGUCGCGAGUCCCAACAGAUUAUGGGCGGAGCAGGAUAUGCCAAGACUGGCAAGGGUGCUCGGAUAGAGCAGAUCAGUCGCGAUGUGCGUGUCCAUGUCGUCGGAGGUGGCAGUGAAGAGAUCAUGCUCGAUCUUGCUGUCCGUCAAGAGGCUCGUGAUGUGAAGCUCCGGGCGAAGGUGCUUGCUGCAUCAAAGCUGUAG